AUGGCUGCUCUUCUGGCGCCCGCCAUCUCCGGAGAGGUUGGUUUGCGGCUUUUACUGGCACCACUAAGCUCAAAUGUUGUCAUCCGCACAGCCAGUUGUGCGGUGGGCAUUGGUCUACCUGUAUACUCCACGUACAGGGCUAUAGAAAAGAAAGAUCAAGAUGAGAAAGAACGGUUGCUCCUUUAUUGGGCAGCAUAUGGAUCUUUUAGCAUUGUGGAAUCCUUUGCUGAUAAGCUUGUUUCAAGUGUUCCUCUCUAUUACCAUGCGAAAUUUGCUAUCCUUAUAUGGCUCCAGUUUCCUUCAAAUGGUGGAUCAAAGCAUGUGUACAGAAGAUACCUGCGCCCGUUUUUCCGGAAGCAUCAAGCAAAAAUUGAUAGAAUCCUGAAUAUUUUGUCCAAGGAACUUACAAAGUUCGUGAGCAACCAUGAAGAUGAAAUUCGUUUUGUAGAGAACAUGGCCAUCAGGGGUGCUACAACAGCAAAUUACAUCGUAAAUGGGCUUGACCAACCUGGACAAUCAGAAGAAGUUAGCGUGACUGAAGACCCAAAUUCAACUCCGACAGAAGAGCCAGACACACCUAGGAGUUGA